AUGGUCUAUAAAGGUGUGGACACGUCAUAUGAGAAGACAUUAGCCAAUUGCUACGAUCGAUGCACCACCACAAUACAGCUCUUCCAGUUCCACCUCACCAUUCCCCAUGAAAAGGAGAAACGACAAGACGAUACCAUAUCGCCGAAGCUGUUCAUAUCUGCAUCACGAUGGAUAUUGAAAUCACUUCUUUGGGAAGAAAGGGACAUACGUGUUGACAGAAGAUUCUUCUCAAACCUUCGUCUUGCCGACGAUAUCGUUCUCUUUUCGGAAAAAGCAAUGAGGUAG